AAAUUCAUUUCAGUUGUGCUGUGUUUUUGUUGGUGUACGUUAGUCUUUGGAGAAUUUUACAAUAUUUUAUUUUCUGCGAAAAAGAAGAAAAAUUUAAAUGUGUAAUAAUUCUAAAUUAAACAAUUGCAUCGUUAUUUGUUUUUACUGAUAACGUUGGUAGUAAGCAAUUGAACGGAAAUUAUAACGAAAUUUUAGUUCACUGAAUCAGACAGUGGAGUAACUUGUGCGUAGUGUGUAUAUGUGGGAGGCAGAUUUUAAGAAACUGCUUAAAGUUUUGGCAAUAAAUUUAUAAGUAUUUUCGAACUAAACUAAUGGAAUACUUAACACAAUAUGUUUCCAAAUGCCGAUCAGAGAUAUGCUGGACCAUAGGAUGAUUUCGUAUUUUACAUCACUUAUUAACUGAGAUUAUAAAUUUCGGAUCUCACAAACAGCAUGUCUCUAACAAAAAGGGAUACUAAUUUAGUUAAUGACAUAAUUCUGGACGAAGAAGCAGAUGUUGAGGUAGAAAUUGAAGUUAUUGAAGAUGUAGAUGUCGACGUGGAUGCUGUACGAACACAGAAACCACAUUUUCUAGACUAUGAUGCAGUGCCACCAUCAGAUUUUGAGGAAAAUUUUAAUAGAGCGUUGUCGUUUGAUUAUCACUCGCAAUCAAAAAAUAAAAAUGGCCUUACAGCUACAAUAUCUACGACAGGUGAACACCUAAAAUUAGACAAAAGGUAUGAACGAGAUGGUGAGGUCAGCGAUUAUGAAUUGGCUGCUUGUGGUUAUACGAAAAAAGAAUUCACACAAGAUGAUAACACAUUACAUUUAAUUGGUUGUGGUGGUGAUAUAAUUGGUAGUAAUAGUCAAAUUCGUUCAAUUACGCCAAAAAAAGGAGCCUUCAAUAAACCUAAACAUUUUCUUGAUGAAAAUCCUAUACCACCCGACUAUAUGUUGGAACAUGAAAUGCGCGAACAUCGAAGUUUAGAUCGAAACUUUGAACGCCAAAAUGAACAACGCACUGGUUCUCCUUCUAGUUUAUUGAGUGGACGUAAGAGCUCAUUAGAUUGUUCUAAAAGUAGUUCACGUUCAUCACGCGAAAGGUUUAAGGAACCUUCUUAUACACUUUCCCGUUUUUUAGACAACGAUGCGCUGGGAGCAGGUAGUCCUACUUCUUUGCCACCCUUUCGAUUUCCUAAGAGUGCAGCUUGGACAGAUAGUUUUGACAGUCAUUAUGGAAGCUUACAAUUAAAUUUGUCACACCAUUCUGGUACAUCAGGGGAAAUCGAUCAUUUCGGUCCAAAAGUGGAAUGUGUUUAUUCUCUUCUAUCAAUGCUUGGUUCAAAUGAUCCUUUAGAGAUGUCUAAAAAAUUUUUGGAACUCUCCCGCACAGUUGAAACAUGUGCUACUUUAAGGCGUUCAGGUUGUAUUCCUUUACUUGUACAAAUGAUGCACUCUGAAGGUGAGGAAAAUGUCCGAAAAUGUGCUGGCAUGGCUCUUCACAAUGUUGUGCACAGUCAUCCUGAUGAGAAAGCUGGACGCCGAGAAGCAAAAGUAUUGCGAUUGCUCGACCAAAUAAUGGACUACUGCAACUUCCUAAAAACGCUUUUACAAAGUGGUGGUGAAGCUAUAGCUGAUGACUCUGACCGACAUCCUUUGGCAGCUAUUUCUUCAUUAAUGAAAGUCAGUUUUGAUGAAGAGCAUAGACAUGCUAUGUGUGAAUUAGGCGCUCUUCAUGCCAUACCAAGUUUAGUACAUUUAGAUCAUGCCGUGCAUGGUCCCAGACCUGAAGAUCAGUGUUGUAAUUCACUUCGGCGAUAUGCAUUAAUGGCACUAACGAAUCUUACAUUUGGUGACGAAAACAAUAAAGCACUCUUGUGCAGUCAGAAGCUUUUUAUGGAAGCACUUGUUGCACAACUCGAUUCUGCACCUGAUGAUUUAUUACAAGUUACUGCGAGUGUUUUGCGAAAUCUCUCUUGGCGUGCAGAUAGCAAUAUGAAAGCUGUGCUUAAUGAGAUUGGUACAGUAACUGCUUUAGCACAUGCAGCAAUGAAAAAUAAGUGUGAAAACACCUUAAAGGCAAUACUCUCUGCAUUAUGGAAUCUCUCGGCUCAUUGCAGUACGAACAAAGCAGAAUUCUGCGCUGUUGAUGGUGCACUUGCAUUCUUGGUUAACAUGCUAACUUACGAAGGUCCCAGUAAAACGCUUAAAAUAAUUGAAAAUGCUGGUGGAAUAUUGCGAAAUGUGUCCAGUCAUAUUGCAGUUAACGAACAUUAUAGGCAAAUUUUAAGAGAUCACAAUUGUUUAAUGAUACUGCUGCAACAGCUUAAGUCUGAAAGUCUUACAGUAGUAAGUAAUUCUUGCGGAACGUUGUGGAAUUUAUCGGCACGUUGUCCAGAAGAUCAAAAGUUUUUAUGGGAUAAUGGUGCUGUUCCAAUGCUACGUUCGUUAAUACACUCGAAGCAUACAAUGAUCUCAGAGGGAAGUUCGUCAGCUCUUAAAAAUUUAUUGAAUUUUAGACCUAACAUACAAAAUCAAAAUCAUCUUGAUCCUAUUGCACGAUCAAUGGGCUUGAAAAAGUUGCCCUCACUUAACGUAAGAAAACAAAAAGCAUUAGAGCUAGAACUUGGAGCAAAAGAUCAUGCAGAAACUUGCGAUAAUUUGGAUGUUGGACCAAGUACAUUAAAAGAAAGUCAAAAUUUUAACGGAAUAAUCCAUACGCAGAGACGUUAUCCUGUUUUAGGAAAUUCGGCAGUGAUAGCCAGUAAUGGUACCAUAAGAUUGACACGUUCAGCAAUGCUAACUAAAAGUGAAAGUCGAGAUUCAAUCUUUUCAGCAAAAUCGGAUUCAGCUUAUGAAAAUGUGAUGAGAUCUCAUUCAGCAUCAGACACAAAUCGUAAAACACAAAAAUCUAUAUCGUAUGCAAUUGGUGUGCCAGUACCACGUGCGGCAUUUGCUUUAAGCAACGACUCUGAGACUAUUGAAGACAAACCUAUUGAUUAUUCGGUAAAGUACAAUGAAAACCUGCCUAAAAAUAUUGAGAAAAACUUGAAUUCUUCAAAAGUUAACGAUCAGAGAAACGAAGACAAUGUAGUUCCUGGUUCGAACUUUGCAACAUAUCAAGAAACAGAUUUAGACCAACCCACAGAUUUCAGUUUACGUUAUGCAGAAAAUCACAUCGAGUCUGACGUGGAUAUAACAUCAACAGAAGUUCAUCCUGGUAACACUUUAGUCCUGCAAAAUGAAAAUAAAAAUGUUGAACAAAUUAAUAAAGGCAACGAAAUACUACUUAUUCUAGAAGACAGUGUUAAAUGUUAUCAAACUGAAGAUACUCCAUACGUGAUAUCAAAUGCCGCAUCUGUAACAGAUUUAAGACAAAAUAAAUUAGACACUGUACAAGAAACAAGCAAGCCAUCUAGUUCUGUAGUGUCAACAAAAAAGUAUUCACAGUCCACACCUUUACAACAAACUGGAGGUACAGUUUAUGGUUCUGGCACUUAUACACCAGAAAAACCAACCAACUACUGUGAAGAAGGAACUCCGGGAUAUUUUAGUCGUUAUGAUUCUCUUAGCAGUUUGGAUGGAUCUCCGCCAGUACAACAAGCUCAGCUUUCAAAUGAAGGCAAUGAGGAAAAAUCCAAGACGCUGCUUAUCAACAAUGCCGCCACAAAAAAUAUAACUUCACAAGUUGAACAAAAUAUUGAAACUUCGACUUCACCAGAAGGGCAAACGUCGAAUACUAAUAUUAAUUCAGCGCAAGAAACCCCGCUAAUGUUCUCUAGACACAGUUCAAUGGACUCAUUAGUUGAAGAAGAUAUCGGUCCUUGCGAUGAUAAGAGUUCGGUUGUUAGUGAUUUUAGUCGUUUGGCAAGUGGAGUUAUAUCACCUUCUGAAAUUCCAGAUUCUCCAACACAAAGUAUGCCACAGUCGCCACGUCGUAACAGCAACGCUGGACAGACAGCCUACUCUACUGGAUUAUCGCCGCUAGCACCACGUACUCCGGGUGCAAAUAGCAUACGCGCGCAUAGUGAUACAAAGAGACCCCUACGUAGCGUAUUUGAAGAUAAUAUUAAUUUAUUUCAUGUUGAGAAUACUCCAGCUCAAUUUUCAUGUGCAACAAGCUUGAGUAAUCUUAGCAUUAUUGAUGAUGAAAACGCAACUACACUAGAUCUCACACAACAACAUUCUCUUGCAAAAAUAUCAUCAAGUGAUGCCACUAUCUCAACAGUUGAAAAUACUUCAUUGUUGACCAAUAUUAUAUCCGAAGGCGAAGAAGAAGAUGCCGGUACAAAUAAUGAUGAUUUGCUAUUAGCUAAUUGUAUAAAUAUUGGAAUGAAUCGUACAACCGCUGCAACCGUGUCUAAUAUCAGAGAUCAUGUGAAACAAGUUCAGUCUAUAGCUGACGAACCGAAACAGUACUUUACUGAAGACACACCAGCCCUCUUAUCAAAAGUUGGUAGCAACAGUAACUUAUCAGCAUUGUCUAUAUGUUCGAGCAAUAAUGAGAUCAAAGAAGAAUUUAUAACUGAUCAGACAAUAAAUAAAACCAACCGGCAUUCAUUAAAUUUAUCCGACGAUAUUUCUUCAAAUGCUUCAGAAACUGGUACAACUAGUCAAACACUUCAUUUACUACAGCAAUGUAUUCGAGAUGGUAUGAUUAAGCCAAAUCAGAACGGUACCCAAAGCGAAAACGUUUCUAAGAUUGAUCCAAUCGCAAUGAUGAAAAGUGGAGGACAUAAACUCCCGACAUAUUUACCUGUAACAGACGAAAUGAACAAGUACUUGGUGGAAGAUAGUCCUUGUAAUUUUUCCAUGAUGUCAGAACUUUCGAAUUUAACAGUUGGCUCUAGUUUAGUUGGUCCUGCAGUUCAAUUAAAGGAAUGUGCAAGCUCGAAGAAUGUAACCAAUUCAGUAAGUUCUGGCAUAUUAAAUGUGGACCAUUUGUCAAAACCUACCACUAAACAAUCAUUAGAAAAACAAGAGGAUGUACGCAGGGAACAACAGUGGCAAGAUGAUUCAUUAAGCUCUUUAUCUAUUGAUUCUGAAGAUGAUACGAACUUGUUAAGUCAGGCUAUUGCAGCGGGUUGUAAUAGACCAAAAUCGAAUCUUGGUUUCAGUAGUACUUCAACCAGUACCAGUAAGCGAUCGACUUCUCUAUCUUCAUCUCAGCCAAUACCAAUUAAUUUAACAACCUCUGCAUCCUCUUUAAAUUCAAAAUCUACCUCAAAUAAAUACCAAAGGCAACUGCAAUCAAAACAAAAUGGAAAUGAGUCGUAUAGCUCAGUCGAUUCAAGCGAUUCUAAUGACAAUCAGUCAAAAUCAUUGCUAGAAUUAUGCAUACUAACCGGCAUGAAUAAAUCACGAGAGAGUAAUAAUCGCAAGCAUAGUUUACAUAACAAUCGCUUAAAGAAUAAUAAUGCCGUGUCAACUCAAUCAAAUCCAAAUUUAAAGCAAGCUGACUCUCCUGUGCCCAUGAUUUCUUCUUCUCAUCAAAAACCGCACACCCCAAAUCGUCACAUACGUGAACGUGAACGAAAAGAUGAGAAGUUGUUAAUGGAAUGUAUAAAUACAGGUAUUUCGAAAAAGAUCGGAAAUACUACAGUGCAAAUUGAAAACAAACACAAAACAAAAGAAUUUUUCUUUGCUGCAAAUGCUGUGCCAAAAAACGUGCAAGCUACGUCUGCAGCUGCGUUGGGUCCGUGUCACCAAAUGGCGGCUAUUACAUCAUUAAGUGCGAACAGCACAGCAGCUCCAGACGUAGAGGCGAAUAUCGAAACCAAUUUAACCAGCGAGAAACUGAAAGAGAUCGAGAUCGAGAGCAACAGCAACAGCAAUCCAGACGGCACCACAAAAGAAAUAAAAAACAUUCAGAGCAUCGCAGCAGAAGAAUGUCUUCAAUGUCACGAGACCGACCAAAAGAUAGCGAAAGCUAUUGGGUCUAAAGAGAAUAUGUGCGAUGAAGUUUAUAAUUCUAUUUCAAUGGAAAACAUUACUAGUGACGAAUCAAAUUUAUCGUUUAUUAUUGAAACAACAGUAUCUUUUGAGAAAGCCCCACAUGCAGAGGUUAUAACAUCAAACAAACAUAAGGACCCAGAUUUGAUGUUAAAGUCUGUCGAACGGCUAACUUUGGAGUUUGUAUCGUCAGCUGAACAGCUUCGCACCAAUAGUUCGAGUGAUUCUCAUUCAAAUGAGAAUAAUAAACGUUUAGGAAGUAUUUCAGUUGGCACCUUUAGCAACUCAAAUAAUACAUGGAAUGAGGAUACUUGUCCAAAUGAUGUUUCAUUUCCAAGUGUAAGCAUAACAGCACCUAUCGUUGCGUCUUUAAAUUAUGAUAAUGAAAAUGAAUAUGAUGAUGAUGAUGAUGAUGAGCAGACUACACAUGGGUAUCAUAAAGAGCUAAAUGACUUUGCUGAAAUAACACCUACUAAUGAAGAACAACCUCAGCCGUCAUUGGGUUUAAUUUAUGAUGAAACUGAUAUGUAUGGUAAUACGCAACCGAAUUCUCUUGGCACUGACACUGAAACUUUAGUUUAUGUAAAAACAACGGAUUCAAUCACAGCAAAUGUGGACAACAGUGUGGAUACAAACUCUGGUACUAAUAGUAGUGGCAUAAAUUUCAAAGUCGGAGGAGAAGUACAAUCGGCAGCAGUAACUCAUGGUCAGAAGAUGUUUUUAAGUAAUUCAAGUAUGACCAAUUCAACUAUCAUAGCAAUUGAAGCGCUGGCUUUAGCAGAAAAUUUGCAAUUCGUGAACGAUUGUACCGAACAAACAUUCAACGUAAACAGCUUAGAUCUUGAUAAUAUUAGACCACCAUCUGGUAUGGAUUCUUUGAACAUAUCAGGAUAUUACCAAGAACUAUCGCCUGGAAACACGUCUAUUCAUAAUACACAUCUUAACCCAGUGCAGCGUACAUCAAUGUCACAAAGUCCACAAAUAUUGACAAAGUCACCAAAGUUUCCGCGGAAACCUCUACCUGUAGGCUUAGUUGCUAGACGCGCACUUGGACAAUUACCCGGCCAUUUGGCAAGCAGUACAGAAAGCGUAAAUUCAAGUUGUAAUCUUUUGGAUAACAUAAAGCCGCCAUCUUUAAUGGAUGAACUACUUGACUCAAUGAUAAGUGUCGCCAGUAUACAAUCAGAAGUAGCUGAUUGCGAUAGCAUGGCGACAACUAUGUCUGGUUCGAAUUAUGAAACGGCCAACUGUGGUAAUGAAUUUGAUGAUAAUACUGUAACAUUACAAACUUGUGCUGAUAUCUUGCCACAUGAUGAUGAUGAUGACGAAAUUUCUGUAAAUAGUAGUGACACUCAGUUACCAACAGAUUACAGCUCUGUAGAGUCCACUCCGAAAAAAUCGCAAAGUUCGCCAAAUGGUGUAAAACGAACACUUACGCCGAAACAAAAACGAAAACUUAACAAAGAUCGUUUUAAGACAUAUACAAUAGCCGCAGAUAUUGUACUUAAUGGAGAGCAACAAAGAGGAAAUGAUUUUGUCGAACUGGAUGAAACUUUACAGAUUGAAAUAAUAGAUAAUACGCCACCAAAAACCAAAUUUAAUAAAAGACGUUCAAACGAUCAAGAUCGGUACAAAACGCAAACAAUCAUAUAUCCUGUAUUAAGUAACACUAUAGAACAAAGCAAUUCAAUAUCCAGUGGUGAUUGCUUAUCGGAAGACAUAUCCUCAAUUGUUGCUAUGACAAAGCAAUUUAAGUUUAUAUCAGAACCACUAAAUCGUAUAACUAAUGCUUCUGCUGAGCCAAAUGCAGCACAAACUCAAACAGCAAUUACAAACCUCUCUGAUAACGAUUACAAUAGUAUGGAACAUGAUCAAAAUUCAGAAACAGAGUCUUGUCAUGGUCGCAGUAACAACUGUACAGAUAAUGAAGAGGAUCCAAUCGAAAUAGCAGUUGAUAAAUGCACUGAUAAGCCCCGCAUAUUAAAGCCUAAUGAUUUCAAGUCCAAUGAAAUAGGUAAAGAGCAAGAAGCUGAAACAAAAACAGUGCGAGGUCGAAAAAAGCCAGCAUAUGUGUCGCCUUACAGUAUGCAAUACCAACGCAACAAUACAGCAGCUGCAAAAAAGAGUCUGAAUACACCUGCACUGACUUCAAAGCAUUCAGCACCCAAAAAAGGAAAUGAGAUAGCGACAUCUGGAACAAAUUCAAGUCAAAAAAAUGUAAACAAUUGUAGUGUACCUGCUACCAUCGAGCGUCAGGGCACAUUUGUAAAGGAUGAACCCAGUGUAUUAAAUAAAACAGUGCCAAUAGUAGAAAUGAGUUCUACAACCAGUUCUAGUCCAACACAACGAAUGUCAAAGCUGCCAACAAAGCAAACAAAGACAAACUUACCGAAUAUGACAGGAAUAAAUGGUGCUACGCGCAAAGCAGCUGCAACUUCCACAAUCAGGAGCAGCAACAAGUCAUUGAAUACUGGCGCACGCAAAAUACAAACAACAACAACAACAAAAUCAAUGGCAGGACCGCAACGGUCAAAUACGAAUGCUGUUAUACGUGUGGCUAGCACUACAGCACGUAUUGCAGUACUCUCCACGCGUGGAUCCAACACCACACCACCUUCUCGCAGCAAUUCUACUUUGAAUGGUAAUUCGCCGCCAGCAACAAAAAUUAGUCAAACUCAAAGUCGGAUCGCCAGUAUAUGGAAACGUGUGGAUGAAGCGAAAUCGAAACAACAACCACAAACAUCACAAUCACCACAAAAGACUAAAUAUACAACUUCCAAAGCAAAUGUUAGCAAUCUUAGAACGCUGAACACAAAAUCUUCCUCUACGCUCAGCACACAAAAACAGAAACUUAUACGCAGCUCCACAUUUGACAAUAUAUCGCCACUUAACGAAGCAGCAGGAGUUAAAAAAACAGUGGCAUCCACGGCAAUUGUGACACCAACUAUUUCCACUAAAAUUGCUGUAAACAAAAGCAUCAAUAAUAGUGUCGGUUUGUCUGGAAUGCGCAAGGAACAGAUCGCAGUUCGAAAAUAGAUUUCUUCCAAUCAAUGCAUUUAUAAGUGCGCACAAAAUUGCAUGCGUCGUCGUCGUCGUCGUCAACUCUAGGACAGUAGGAUUAGGCGCAUUGUACGCAUCCGUAUAGUAUAAAUCGUGUAUCAUAACGAGGAAAAGAGCGAAAAUAUUUGCUGUUUCUUUUUUCUAAUAGAAAAUAAUACAUUUUUUAGCUAAUUGUAAGCGAUUGUUUUAAGUAUUAGUAGAGAUAGUCGUAGCAAAUAGGUCUGAAUUUAAAUUAUUAUACAAUUUAAAGAUCUAUACCAUCCUCACACUUCACUUUAGGCUAUAUUUUUGUAUCGCCAAAAUGAGAAGUCAAACUUUGUUGGAUGGUUGUCAUUUUUUAAAUUAAGAUUUUAAGCAUUAAUCUUUAAUUAAAUAAUAUAUAAAUAAUGAUAAAAAUAUUCUAUUAAUUUUUUGUUGUUUGAUUUAGCGCUAGAGUAGUAUAUAUUUACUAAAUUUCGUUUGCUUUCCUUGAAAUGAAAUUUUUUAAUUAUAUGCGGCAAUUUGUACCUUUGCCUACUAUUAAAACACAACAAAAUUAAUUGAAUAUAUUUAUCGUUAAUAUAUAUAUAUAAAUUUUACAAUGAAAUAAUGUUCACAUUUGUAAAAAAAAAGAAAAAUGGGUGAAAAAUAAAGCUAUCGGCUUUACAUCAGAAAUUGUUUGCUUCCGGAGGUCUCUAAACGAGCCUUGGUAGUUAACGUAAAUAAUGAAAAUUUUCUUUUAUAAUAUUCAACAAAAUUAAGAAACAAUGUUUGUAUUUACUAUGCCAAAAAUUUAUGUUCGUAUUUUAUUAUUUUAAAUGUGUUGAGACUUACGUGUUUAUUAUCAUAUAAUUUUUCAAUAUUUCGAUUUUAAAUAAAGCAUUACAAUUUCUAUAUAAGUAAAUAGUCGUAAGUUAAUAGUCGGAAAUAAAUGAUAUACCUGUUCCUUGAAUUUAAUGAAUAUUUGAGUAAAAUAAAUUGCUUAUAUAUACUGAAACUAAAAUUUUGAAUUUUGUAUGUUUAUUGUUGCUUUUUCUUGUUUUUCUUGUUUUUCUUGUUUUUAUGAUAAAAUCUUAGUUAACAUAGGAUGAUAUGGUUAACGGGCUACGGAUUUCAUUUUUAAGAAGGAAAUAAUGACAACGUUUUCAUAAACAUGGAAGUCUUUAUUCUUUUGGCAUAAAUUAACUAGAUAUCAAGUUGUUUUAUUAACAUUAUUUAAAUCAUUAAAAAUUUAACGGGCUAAAAACAUGCAUUUAUUACUUUAUAGACUUUCAAUGAUUCUUUUUAUAUAAAUUUGUUUAUAUAUAAUCUGUAAUUUAGCAGGCAAUUCAUCACCAUAGUACUAGUAUAUAACUACAUAUAUAUAGAAUCAAGACAUUACUAUUUAUUACCUUUUCUUCAAUUUACUAAGCAAAA